ACAAGUUCUACGUAAAAAAAAAUGCGCGCUUUCAACGCCAUUUUAACGGUUAUAUUAUUGCAAAUUUAUCAGCAUUCGUUGUGCGCCAACCCGAUACAGGGUCUUUUCGAUCCGAAAUGUUUUGUCGCGAAAAGUGAGUGUCCCAAUGAGAAUGUCACCUUCUGGUUGUACACAAACGCAACGUCAAAUACACCCGUGCAACUAGAUCCGCUCAAACUACAAAAAACCGAUUUUCCCGUGCGUCGACCCGUCAAAAUACUCAUACACGGCUAUACAGGACAUCGUGACUUUGCGCCGAACACCUUUAUAAGACCGAUGCUGCUGCAGCAUGAAGAUGUCUAUGUCAUCUCACCCGAUUAUGGACCGCUGGUGCGCGAACCUUGCUACACGUCGGCUGUGCAAAAUCUACCCUUGGCUGCGCGUUGUCUAGCGCAAUUGCUCAACAAUCUGAUCGAUCAGGAUAUCGUGCAAAAUGAAGACUUACAUGUGAUUGGUUUUAGUCUGGGUGCACAAGUGGCUGGUCAAACGGCGAAUUAUGUGAAAAAGAAAUUGCUACGCAUAACUGGACUGGAUCCUGCAAAGCCUCUGUUCAUCACCGCUGGCAAUGAGCGCAAGUUGAGUAAAGAUGAUGCGGAUUUUGUGGACGUCAUACAUACUGAUGUGCUGGGGCGUGGUAUGAUGCAUCCGAUGGGUCAUGUUGACUUUUAUCCGAAUUUCGGUUAUAUACAACCCGGUUGUGAUGUGGAGGCAGAACCCGGCAGCUGUAAUCACGAACGUGCACCUCGUUUCUACGCCGAAUCAAUCAAUCCGAAACAGGAAUUCUGGAGCAGCCGUUGUACGAAUUGGCUGUAUUUCGUGUUAAACAUAUGUGGCGUGGACUCGAAUGAUGCGAGAAUGGGCUAUCAUGUUGAUGAAAGCCUCACAGGCAUAUACUUUCUCAAAACCUCGAACUCUACACCGUUUGCGCUCGGUCGCAUCAAAGAUAAACUGCCAGGACUGCAGCCGAAUUGGCGCGCAAACUACGAACUCGAUAUGCUGAACGAAAAGGCUUGCGAUCAGCUGCUGAUGUGUCGCUUUCUACGCUACGGCGCCGAAUAUGGUAUGGAUGCAGACGUACCGCCCGAUUUUAGCUGAAUGCGACAAGUAUUUUUCUCGAGCAGUAGCAUAAAGUAGUGUACUUGUAUUUAACGAGCAAAUAAUUAUUUUUGCCUAAAAUAAUUUUAUAUGCCUUAGUUUAAGCCGCCUGCACUUGUGUAAAUAUUUAUAAAAAUUAGCUAUUUAAACA